GGGGUCCAAUCAUACGCUGAGGGAUGUCCAAUGCUGACGAUAACAUCGGUAGUGUUUACGCUCAAACUGACUUGCUGACUUGGCGUUUAAGAUGUAUUCUAAAGUUAUUUUGUGUCUUGGGCUCCUUGCUGUCGGAAUCCGUCUUGCGCUAGCAGGCUAUGGCGGAGGGACCUGCACCAUACCCCAGGCCGGUAGCCCAGGGGCCACGACUGUUUGUACGGGAACCGCAAACGGAUUCUGUUUGGUUGAUACUUUCACCACUGCGGGUGCUCCUCAACUCACGUCCGCCGUUGCUGCUGGGAGAUGUGUCUGUUAUUAUGGAUACACUGGUACAAAUUGUCAAACUGUUGAUUCUACGGCCACAUCUUCCACCUCUUCAAGUGGUACUGGUAGUGCCAUUGCAGCACUGGGUCUAGGGCUUGCUGCAGCCUGGGCACUCAGUCAGGGACUUGGAAUAGGAUCAUCCCAGAAUGCACUGGGUAUCGGAUCUGGAUCGGCACAGAGUGCACAGGAAGCCUUAUACCUUCAACAAGCCAUCGGAUGAGGAAAUGGGAAUA